AUGGCAUCUGAUUACACGACCCCGGAAUCCCUCGCGGCCCUCUCCAAAGUUGAUCCCGAAAUUGCACUCCUUCUUCCAACCCUUCCACCUUCACCAACAACGAAUAUAUCUAUGAGGCAAAUGAACGCUACCCAUGCCACAAAUAUGCCAUCGAUCAUUGGGAAUGUAGACCAAAGCGAACUUCGAAAAAUUCCCAUGCGCGAUGGCUACAUGAACGAGAUACGUACAUAUGGGCCAAAAAAAGGGAAAUCGUUAGAAACAGUCCCGUUAUUUAUCUUGAUCUGUGGCGGAGGCUUUGUUAACGCAGACAAUAAAUGGCUGAACCCAUAUGCUCGCGCUAUUUCCGCUCUUUAUGAUACGACAGUUGUAUCAAUCUCAUAUCGCUGUGCGCCGAAGUUCAAGUUUCCAUUUGCCGCAAACGACGCUUGGGAUUCUUUGGAAUGGAUAACAAGUCAUGCAGCUGAACUUGGAGCAAACCCAGUGGCAGGUCUUGUCCUUGGAGGUGUAUCGGCGGGCGCAAAUUUGGCGGCUGUCACUUGCCAAAAAUCAGUAUCCGAGAAAUUUUCACCUCCUCUGACAGGUUUGUGGCUUGGCCAGCCAUUUAUCCUCGAUGAGGAGAUUGUGCCGCAGGGGUACAAACCCUUAUUUAUUUCUCGCCGGGACAAUCAAAAUGCACCACUCUUGAACGAUGCCAUGAUCCGCUAUGCAUACGACCAGGCUGCUUUCGACGUACAUUCUCCCAAGUUUUCGCCAUUCAAUGCCACAAAUCCCCAUAUUGGGAUGCCACCAACCUAUAUUCAAGUAUGUGGUCUCGAUCCCCUAAGAGAUGACGGUUUGAUUUACGAAAGGGCCUUGCGUGAAAACGGCGUUUCCACCAGAAUGGACGUUUACUCAGGUGUUCCCCAUGGGCAUUAUGCUGCCUGGCCCUACGCCGCAACAUCUCGCAAAUGGGACUUUGAUGUAGUCAGCUCAGCUGGUUGGCUUUUGGACACACCCGCAGAUCCAGCUUGCAUCAUCAUAGCUUUGGAUGGGCGGCACGGCCCCUAG